UGCGCUGGCACGAAUGAAUCCACCAUGCUGCUGACACCCUGCACACUGUUUCUAUCGCUUCCUUUGGGGAAGGCUAGUUCGCUAGCCGGGUAACCAACCUAACCUAGUUCAUAACAGCAGGCGUUACAUCACUUUAGUUCGUGUCACACCUGUGAAAUAACGGUCUAAAGAAGUUGACCCUUUUCAGUCCAUGUAACAGGCACUGUGGCAUUAGCAUGACACUCUGACCUUUCUAGCUGUAACAAACGUGCAGAAGAUUUAGUGAUUUAGCAAAUUUGUGUUUCAGAGAGGGGCUGUCAAGACGCGACUGCUUUCAACACGCACUGAGUUUGAGACAGAAGAAAAGAUGUCCUGUCCAUGUGCUUCGGCUGCCAGGUUGUUCCUAAACACUGCUAACAGAGGACUGUCAUGCUCUCGGAUUCAGUUGUUUUUUCUGAGUCGUCACGGAUUUCGGGAAACUCAUUUGCCUCCUCGGGUACGUGUGAGGUCGUUUUCAGAGACCUCUGUCUGUUAUGGCUCUAAAGAUGGGACAACCAAGGAUGGUGGAAGUGAUGGUGGAAAGAAGAGCCUCAGUGAGGGGAAGAGAAUGUCUGGCUCCGGAGGAUCGGGUAAGGGUGGAAGCCAGCUACGCUGCCCUAAAUGUGGGGACCCCUGCACACAUGUAGAGACCUUCGUAUCAUCAACACGAUUUGUCAAAUGUGAGAAAUGUCAUCACUUCUUCGUGGUGCUGUCUGAAACGGACUCUAAGAAAGGGCUAAACAAAGAGCCAGAAUCUGCUGCGGAGGCAGUGAAACUGGCAUUUGCUCAGAAACCUCCUCCACCUCCAAAGAAGAUAUAUGCCUAUCUUGACAAGUAUGUGGUUGGCCAGUCCUAUGCAAAAAAAGUGUUGGCAGUUGCUGUGUAUAAUCACUAUAAGCGCAUCUACAAUAACAUCCCCUCUGGGAGCCGACAGCAGGUGGAGGUGGAAAAACAGCCAUCUUUAACACCUCGUGAGCUAGAGAUGAGAAGACGAGAGGAUGAAUACAGGUUCACAAAGCUGCUGCAGAUUGCAGGAAUCAGCCCUCAUGGAAAUGCUCUCGGGGCGUCCAUGCAGCAGCAGGCGAGCCAACAGGCACCUCAGGAGAGGAGAGGUGGGGAAGUCCUGGACUCUACACACACUGAGAUUAAACUGGAGAAGAGCAACAUUAUUCUGCUUGGUCCAACUGGUUCAGGAAAGACAUUGUUGGCGCAGACACUGGCACGUUGUCUGGAUGUUCCAUUUGCAAUUUGCGACUGCACCACACUAACUCAAGCUGGAUACGUGGGAGAGGACAUCGAGUCGGUUAUUGCCAAACUCCUGCAAGAUGCCAACUACUCAGUGGAAAAAGCACAGCAAGGUAUUGUGUUUCUGGAUGAGGUUGACAAGAUUGGCAGUGUUCCUGGAAUCCAUCAGCUGAGAGAUGUGGGUGGUGAGGGAGUUCAGCAGGGUUUACUUAAACUUCUGGAGGGUACAGUUGUCAAUGUUCCUGAGAAAAACUCCAGGAAACUGAGAGGAGAAACGGUGCAGGUUGACACAACAAACAUACUCUUUGUUGCAUCUGGUGCCUUUAAUGGACUUGACAGAAUCAUUAGCAGAAGAAAGAAUGAAAAGUAUUUGGGUUUUGGAACUCCCUCUAACCUGGGGAAAGGGCGCCGUGCAGCCGCUGCUGCAGAUCUGGCAAACACCAGCGGUGAGACAGACACCGUAGCAGAGAUCGAGGAGAAGGACAGGCUGCUGAAGCACGUCGAGGCCAGGGAUCUAAUUGAGUUUGGAAUGAUCCCAGAGUUUGUUGGCCGUCUUCCCGUUAUCGUUCCUCUGCACAGCUUGGAUGAAGACACGCUUGUCCGGAUCUUGACUGAACCACGCAAUGCUGUAGUGCCCCAGUACCAGGCUCUGUUCAGCAUGGACAAAUGUGAUCUCAAUGUGACUCAGGAUGCCUUGAGGGCAAUAGCAAGAAUGGCUUUGGAGAGGAAAACUGGAGCUCGUGGCCUCAGAUCCAUCAUGGAAAAACUCCUCCUUGAGCCCAUGUUUGAGGUGCCCCACUCUGACAUCAUGGCUGUUGAACUGGACAAAGAUGUUGUCCAGGGAAAAUCCCAACCCAGAUAUGUCAGAACUCCUGCCAAGGAUUCGGCAGAAGAGGAAUACGACUCUGGCAUCGAGGAGGACAACUGGCCUCGGCAGGCAGACGCUGCUAACAACUGAACCAUUUUACCCUAAAGGCCAUGCUGUCGCAAAUCAUUAGAUCACAAUGAACCUUUUGGAUACCAAGUUUGGUACCAACUCUUUUAUUAAAGCCCCUGACGAAUAAGCUGUGGACACUGGUGGGGGGAGGGUUUUUGUGAUGAAGUUAAGAGAGUGUAACAGCCUUGGGUCCUGUGCAUCAGAUGUAGAUUCUAUAGUGGUGCACUGACAAGGUGGACCUUAAAAUAUUUCAAUCUCUGGGGAUUGUUAACAUUUUAUCUAUAUAAAGAUAAUGAAAUUUUAUUCAUGGAAGUAUUUGUAGCUAGUUUGUUUUUCCUUUUUGUAGUGAGGGGCUAUAAUGGUAAGGGAAGCAAAUGGAAAUUAUGGGAUCAUACUGUACACUUGCAAACAUGGGAUGCUGAGAAAGACCCGAUAUGAUGUUAACAUGUUAGCUGAUGCCUCAUCAGGGCAUCAUAUUCCAUGAGCACAUCAAUAUUUUUGAUGUUUUCUUUUUCCUUUACCACCAUUGUAAUAAUGGUGCUCACAGUGAAAUCAGCUGUAAAUGUUUAGGGACACUGCUUAGGUAGCAUUUGUAAGCAGUUUGUAUGACAUGACCUCUAAUUAUUAGAACAUAUUGUGAGGUAUAAUGCACCAGCACACUAAUUACAGCAGGUGAGACACAAUGGUGACCUUUUAAACAGCCAGAAUGGUUAUUUUCAGUUUUUGGCUUUCUCCUUUAGCACACUUUUUAGGGAAUGUAUAAGUGUUUACUUAGAGACCUCUGUCUCACAGAGGGCUGUUUCACAAAGCUGGCUAGCUGGGUCACUUUUGAAGUAUCAGUGAAAUAGCUUCUGAAGUUUUGUUUUAUAAAAACUGAACCGUGUUCAGAUGCUCUCUUUCCCGUUAAUGCUGGCUGCCCCUCCAAACCUGCUUUGUCAAACACCCCUCAGAGCUGCACGGAUAUUUUUUUAUUUUCCUCACCUUACCUUUAGUGAUGUAAUAUCCUGUUACUAAAUGGUACUUCAGUACACGUCUGUAAUCAAGCCUCUACUUAAAUGCUCUGACUGAACCAUGCUGCUGUGCUCUUUAAAAUGCUGUUUGUGCUUUCAAACUAGAUUAAACUAGAUUUGUUCCCCCCUUUGCUUGAAGCUUCAUUUUAUUUUACUAAAGUUUUCAGAGGUCUGUUACAGAACCUGUACCCCCCACCCCCAAAAUUUUGUGAAUCUUAAAUUUAUUGUGAUUGUUUAAAGUGUACAAAUAAAAUGUAUAUCUCUGUACAAA